CUGCUGCGGUGAAGCCCCUCCCCUCGUCAACAACUGGAUUCCAGCUAUCCGUGUUUUCGACAGCUAGCAAGGCUAGCCUGCUAACGAUGAGUUUGACCGUAAAUAUGUAGCAUACUCCUCGCUAUACUUCUAUCUGUCUAUUUUUAUCUAAGACGGACUACGUUUACCACCUUUCUCGUCCAUGCGACCUUACUGGACCAGCGACUGCGGAGAGACUCACUGGCGUACCGUCCUUUAGCCUUCCCCGAAACAAGAUUAGCGGCUAUCGCUAGCUGGCUCGCUGACAGCUGCUCCGUUUAGCUCAGUUAGCUCCGUUCCUCUAACAGCGACGCAGCAGAGAUUUAUCAUAUAAAGCAAUGACCCGUCUCUGACAUCGAAAACACUGAGGCCCAGUUGGUUGUCACUUUGGAGUUAUCCGAAGGCUUUUUCUGGCAAAGUGGGUCUCGGUUGACUGCAUUGAAGACCCGCCUGUCCGUUCUCGUUGCUUUGGUUUUACCAGAGCUGCCAACAUGAUGCCGAUGAUAUUGACAGUGUACCUCAGCGACGGGGAGCAGGCCGCAGCUGAGGUUCCCAUCACCCCUGAGACCACAUGUCGUGACGUUGUGGAGUUCUGCAAAGAACCUGGCGAGAGCGGCUGCCACCUGGCUGAGGUCUGGAGAGGCAACGAGCGAGCAAUCCCAUUUGAGCACAUGAUGUAUGAACAUCUACAGAAGUGGGGGCCUCGAAAACAAGAAGUCAAAUUCUUUCUCCGCCAUGAAGAUUCUCCCACUGAGAGCAGUGAUCAAGGGAGUCAGCAGUCUCAGGAUCAAACCACUCGUAGAGGUGGAAACACUGGAGAGAAGCACAAUGAGAAUGGGGUGGGGAAUCAGCGGGUGGAGCUCACGCUGUCAGAGCUGCAGGAGAUGGCCACACGACAGCAGCAGCAAAUCGAGGCUCAGCAGCAAAUGCUUGUUGCAAAGGAGCAACGUUUGCGGUACCUAAAGCAACAGGAGAGGCGUCAGCAACAGACUGUGUCGGAGAGCGAAAAGCUGCAGAGACUGAAGGAGCGCGUGGAGAGCCAGGAGGCAAAGCUCAAGAAAAUCCGUGCCAUGAGGGGCCAGGUGGACUACAGCAAGGUCAUCAAUGGAAACCUGUCGGCAGAGAUCGAACAAGUCACCAGCUUGUUUCAAGAAAAGCAGGCUGAGUUACAGGCAGCGGUGCUGAGGGUGGAACAGCUCAGCGUGCAGCUGGAGGACCUGCGAAGAGGAAAGCUCAACGGCAUACAGACCGGCUUGGGCGGCCAAGUCACGGGUGCAGCAGCCUUAGAGCUAAGAAAGCUUUACCAAGAGCUUCAGAUUCGAAACAAGUUGAACCAGGAGCAGAACAGCAAGCUGCAGCAGCAGAAGGAGCUUCUGAACAAACGCAACAUGGAAGUGACGCUCAUGGACAAGCGAAUAAGCGAACUACGGGAACGUCUCUACAAGAAAAAAGCUGAGGCACGUCAAAAAGAGAAUCUCCCUCUGAAUCGAGCCAAUGGUCCCCCCUCCCCCCAACCAGCCAGUGGGACUCUGGGUCGUGUUGCUGCCGUCGGGCCCUACAUCCAGGUCCCCGUACCAAGCCGGCAGGAUGGGGGCUACACCUUACCCCCCGAUCCACUGAAGCCUCAAACACUGGGUGUGAACAACCAAGCCAACCAGGGUCGUCCCAAGUCAGACGGUGUAAGAAAGCCUCCCGGUCCUUGGAAAGUGUCUGAUUUAGACAUCGUUGUGGACCCGGUGCCCCCGUCCUUUCCAGAGUCGCACCCGGGCCCUGGAGCCUCCAGUGGCUCUGACGGCACGUCUCCUAAUGACACUGGUUGGCCUACUAUAGGCAAGACCAGCACCACUCUGAAGCCUCCUGAGAGACGAGACUCGGGGACGGACAGUCAGACCAAGAGCCCUCCCUCAGGCUCCCCCGUCACCCCAAACUCAGACAAGGUGCUAGAUCCAAAGCUUGCUGUUUCCUCCCCUGCCAUUACCAAACCACAACCGCCACCUUAUGGAUCCCACCUCUCCUCUGGAAGCACAGCCAGCUCUUUGGAACGACGCAAGGAUGCUCCUCCCCCACGGCCCCUUCCCAACCCACCGGCGGCCGCGUGGCCCCGCCUGCCGCCCUCCACUGGCUCCUCCUCUCAGCAGAUCCAGCAGAGGAUCUCCGUUCCACCGAGCCCCACCUUCCAACCCAACGUCCCGCUCUUCCCUCCCAUGCUGAGCGAGCGUCUGGAUCCCCCGCCUGCCGUGGCGGUGCGUCCCUUUAUCCCAGACAGAGGAACUCGCCCUCAGUCGCCACGUAAGGGGCCGCCAACUGUUAACUCAAGCUCCAUUUAUCACAUGUACCUCCAGCAGGCUGCGCCAAAGAGCCAACCACUGAAGCCUGCUGUUAAAGCAGUGUACGGGAAGCCUGUUCUCCCCUCCAGUUCGACACCAGCAUCUCCCCUUCCUUACAUGCAGGCAGGUGGGGCCUUCCCGACGCUCCAAGGCCUACCGGGCAGUGACGAAACUGUAGAUGGAGAGCUGGAUGAUCAGGAGAGCUUCCAGCGCCUGGAGCCUUCAGCACCUCCUCCCAGCGUGGAGAAUAUCCCACGUCCUCUCAGUCCCACCAAGCUUACGCCUAUGGUUCAUUCCCCGCUCCGCUACCAGAGCGACGCAGACCUGGAAGUGCUACGUAAAAAGCUGGCCAACGCUCCCCGGCCGCUGAAGAAGCGUAGCUCCAUCACAGAACCGGAGGGUCCCAGUGGUCCCAACAUCCAGAAACUGCUGUACCAGAGAUUCAACACUUUAGCUGGAGGCAUAGAGGGGAAUGGUGGCGGUGGAUCAGGUGGGGGUAACGGUGGCGGUAAUGGAACACCAUUUUAUCAACCAGCUACUCCGCCGGGAUACCUGGGAGCUGAUUCGCUGGCUGACACAGACAACCGCAACCUCCAUACUGAGACGCAGCAGCUGCCGCCAUCGGGAGAGGAGGAGCAGGGCUCUGAGGCUCCCUCUACAGCUGAUGCUAACGACAAUGAAGCCAUGCCAUCACCACUGCAAAGCGCUGCAGAUCGCAGCGAAGAGGAAGAUCAAGAGGGGGACGGAAACAACAACCUAGGAGGCUCUGAUGUGUCUCUGCCCAGCCCGGUGCCAGAGGUCAGCUCUCCGGAGGAGAGGGGGACAGCAGUCUCACAACAGCUGGAGAAACGCACAAACCUGAAAAAGCCAGACUCUGAGCGCACAGGACACGGCUUCAGAGUCAAGUUUAAUCCUUUAGCCCUGCUGCUUGAUGCAUCCUUAGAGGGAGAGUUCGAUCUGGUUCAGAGGAUCAUCUAUGAGGUUGAGAACCCCAGCACUCCGAAUGACGAGGGCAUCACACCUCUGCACAAUGCUGUGUGUGCAGGACACCACCACAUCGUUAAGUUCCUGUUGGAUUUUGGCGUGAACGUCAACGCCGCAGACAGCGAUGGAUGGACUCCUCUUCACUGCGCCGCCUCCUGCAACAGCGUUCAUCUCUGCAAACUGUUGGUCGAAUCUGGAGCCGCCAUCUUUGCUACGACCAUUAGCGAUGUGGAAACGGCAGCAGAUAAAUGUGAGGAAAUGGAAGAGGGCUACAUCCAGUGUUCCCAGUUUCUAUACGGUGUUCAGGAGAAGCUGGGUGUAAUGAACAAGGGGACGGUGUAUGCUCUGUGGGACUACGAAGCCCAGAGUCCAGAUGAGCUGUCAUUUAAGGAGGGAGACGCCGUCACGGUUCUGCGACGACAGGAUGAAAAUGAAACGGAGUGGUGGUGGUCCCGGCUGGAGGACAAAGAGGGCUACAUCCCCCGCAACCUGCUGGGACUUUGUCCGAGAAUCAAGCCCCGUCAGCGCUCCCUGGCGUAAUGUCCCACACCUGGACCCAAGGCACAACAGAGGAGCCUGGUGCUCCGACUCCCUCCGUGGCCAUAACCCUCCCCAGCCUCGUGCUUUCAAAAAAUUCCUCCCUUAAUGCAGAGGGCAUUGAACUAUGACACACUCUCUCCUAUCUGCACACACAAAGAAAAGCACUCCAAAGUCACACAACUAUCUCCAUCCUUAUUGACCCUCCCCCUUUCAUUUUACUGACACGAUUGAAGGAUUCAAACAAUACCCCUAACCUGUAUUUCUUGCAGUGUUCACAUUUCAGCCAUCUCUUUAACAAACGUCUUCUUGAUGGCGCUGGUUUACAUGAUACCGAAUAAUAACUGCAGAUUUAUCUUUAGGUCUGGUUUGAGUUUGAGGACGUUCUUUUUCCUUGUUUUGGUAAACCUAAACAUAACAGCACUACAAAAAAAAAAACUCACCACCAAAGAUGAAAUAAAGUCAAGGGUUUUCAGUCAAUAUUCUCUGCUCAAUGAAAAGCUGUAGAGAGAUUAUCAGUUUCUUUGCUGCUGUCUGUAAUUAUUAAUGGCUUCCAGCAGUUGAAGUUUCUCUGUUCUCAAGGGGCUGACAUGGAAACGUGGUAAAAAUAAACUAAAUCCUAAGUAUUAUUUAUACAAGCUAGUAAAAAGAUUAACAUUAAUCUACAUGUAUUAUAAAUUGAUUUCCAUGACAUCAUUAACUGUUUCUUUUUCCUCCUUUUGUUGAAUUAAUGUGCAAAAUCUGGAUGCAGAAUAAUGGUGGAUCCAUGUUGAGAACACCGAUAAAUUAAGCGAGCCUUUGAACAGUAAUGUUGUUCAUGCGUUAUAUGAUUUAGAUAUUAAACAAAUGUUCAACUGAGAGGUUCAAUAUGUGUACUAAUAUGAUAUGAAAUGAGUGCAUCCCAAAGACAAAGUUUGGAAAGAGGUCAACAGUAUUUUAAAUCUAGCAGAAAAUGUUUUUUUUGUGUGCAAUUGUAGAUAUGUGUGAAUAAAUACAAUGCACUACAGAUUGAUGCAUUUGCAGAAAGAAGGAAGAAGAUUAAAUCCUCAGUAGCAUCAGUUAUGUGAAGCACCCUUCCCAAUGCAUUGGCGCUCCUGGUAUAGAUGUGCACUGAAGCCUUAAAAUGGAUUAUUAGAGAAUCUGUGAUGGCAACUGUUAUCCAACAGGGAGCUGUAUGUGUUAACAUUAUAAACCUGGGCUUUUAUCUAUUUUUUAGUUGCAGAUAAAAUUUGAAAUUAAUUCAUCUUACUGUAUAUAGGAGCAGACUUUAAAGGGGUUCGUUGCUGAUUAGGCAUAUGUGUAAAAGCCCAUUUAUACCCCAGAAAACAAAAGGUUAAAAAAAUAGUGAAACUGAAUAAGAAUAAAGGAAACUGCAAUGAUCAAGACCCGUCUAAGUUAAAGUUAACAUUAAAAAUGUACUGUGUAGGGUGGAUUUAACACAGCACCAUUUUUUUUUUUCCCAAGGGAAAAGAUGCUUUUCCAAAAAUGUUCUAAAGAAAAUUUCAAUAAUUGAGAAGGAAAAAUAAGUGAACUUAUACAAGACUGACAACUUUCAUCUCACAGAGAAAAAUCACUAUAUCAAUAAAGAAAAAUAAUUAUAGAAAUGAUUAGAUACAAAGAAAAUGUUCACACUAAAAACAGAGCAUUAGAUAAUCAAUGUAUCUAUAAGAGAGUGGACGCUCCAGACGUUUGAUCAAGAUUGGUCACUGAUUUCACUUUAAUCAAAUUAAAGCUGAAUUUUAUCACCCAAAAAGCUGAUUUUCUUGUAGAACUGAAGUUAAAUAAAAGGCUUUUUACACAUUUUUAGCUGAGGGUGCCAAUGAGUGCCAUAACUGAAGCUGAAAGGGCAAAAGAUGACAAAGAAUAGAAAGUUUAUAUUUAAAAAUGACCGAUUUAUGUUGCAGAGCUGUUUGCUAUAUAUUGCAUCUUCAGGUGUUUUACAGGUCGGCUUUGUCUACAUUCACCCACUCACUCCUUCCAGACUCCUCCCUAUAAAACUAGCUUUUAAGGUGAAGCUUCUGGAUUCUCUGGACUCUGAAAUGCUGGUUUCCCUAAACAUGUAAAUUCAGUCUGAAAGAAUUCAGGAAAUUAACUUUAUUUAAAAAAAAAUGAACAAUGUACCUUUUUUUUUUUUAUCCCAAACAGCCCAGUAGCAGAAUCUUGCUGUUCUCCUCUUAUAACCUCACUUAUUCCAGAAACAUUUUCUUUCCUUGGACACAUUUUUAUGUAAUUUACAUAUUUUAUUUUGAAAUCCAUUUUUUUUUUUUUGUCUUUCAUACUAGCUCAAUUAUACAGGAUGUCCUCCGUGGUUUAAUUCUGAUUAUUUGACCAACUCCACUGAAUAUCUCAGGACUGACAACGUGCUGCAGACACAGUUCAUCUCAGCUCUUGUAUAGCAUUUAAAAAAUUGCAGUUUGUUGCAAAUAAGUCUGGGCCGUCAUGGUAUAGCUCCUGUAUCCUUUGGUUUGUGCCAUAAAUACCUUUUAAAUUAGGGUGUGAAUACUAGAACUGAUCCUAUUUGUUUGAGCUUUAUGUUGCUGAAAUGCUAAUAAAAUCUAUUUGCUCUGUUUA